AAAAGUUUUCAAAAAAGUCAUUAAUGUCAAAACGGAUUUGUUUGUUUCUGUCGGUUUCCGUUUGAUUUAUAUGAAUCUUAUAAGAUUAUAAUUUAUUGGUGUAAAUAAAUAAACUUUUAUAUCAGCAGUUUAGCUUUAGUUCAAUUUUAGAUGACACUAGGACGCAAGUAUCAACACUCUUCCGGGAAUGCUGGGGAUGCUCGAAAGGUGUAUGCUAACCAGUCGAAGGUGGGAACUCUGUCUGGGUGCUCGUCAUCAAUAUCAUUGUGCGACAUGAUCGAACCACCAGACUAUGAGGAGGUGUACGAGAGGCUGGUCGGUGAGCGAGACCCGCUCGCGUACCCAGCCUCCGACAUCGAAUUGUGCAUUGUGCCAAAGAAGAUACGCACACUCACACAUGUGCUGCCUGAUGAAGACUUGACCAAAGCGCCGAUGUUCGUCCGCGACUGCAUACGAUGUUACACUCAAGACUACACCGUUGUGGAGUACAAGUACAGAAUGUACUCCGCGUCGGUGUUCAACCGCGACCGGAUCAGCGAGCGCCUCGAGAAACUUCAGGCGGCGCCGCGCCACCAGUACGAAAUCGAUGCCGACCCACCCACAGUGUCCACUGAGGAAUUGGUCCCCAACCAGUUUGAAUCUCAACCAUCAAGUGGACGUCAAUCAGUUGCUUCCAUCUCAUCCUCGUCAUCUUGCAAUGAAACACUGACUCCCCGAGGUUCGUGGGCGAGUCUGGACCUGCGCAGUUCCUCAUCUGACCCACUGCUGCCUGACCUCUUUGAGAGGAAGCCGAUGGAACAAGUGGAUGCUAUAAACGAAGCUAGAAGGUUGGAGAAUCGACAACCUGAUCUCUUAGGUCUGUAUAUCCCGUACCUGGAUGAGGAGGAGGCGGUGGAGAGACGGCUGCCUGCUGAGAUGCCGUGUGAGCUGAUGGGCCAUAGGAUACUGGUUAACUGUCACCAGCUGAAACUAGAAUUGGAUGUGGAACCACUGUUCGCUUCCAUGGCACUUUUCGACGCCAAAGAGAAGAAGAAACUAUCAGAGAACUUCUACUUCAACCUGAACUCCGAGUGCACCAAGCAGAUGCUCUCAGCCCACAUUCCUCACGCGGACAUCUCGACCCUCAGCCGGAGUGCAAUAUUCGACAUAUUGAAUCCGUCCCCUGAUGUGUUCCUUGUAGUUCGUGUUGAGAAAGUCCUCCAAGGAGAUGUGAAUGAGUGUGUUGAACCUUAUAUCAAGGAUGAUAAGAACCGCGAAAAAGUGCGAGCGAGUGCUCAAGCGGCAUGCUCCCGCCUCGGGAAGUACCGCAUGCCGCUGGCCUGGAGUGCUGUAUCCUUGUUGAACAUCCUUAGCGGAUCCAACAGUUUGGAGCGAGAGCAGGCGGACAAUAACAGUCUAUCGACCAAUUCCAGUACUAAUAGUUUAGACCGUAAAGCAUCGUCGUCGAGUUUGGAGCAGCUGCGGCGACGCGCGGGAGAAGUUGGCGGUUCAUUGACCCGCAAAGGGUCAGUAGAGCGGCGCGGCCCGCCCCCCGCGGCCGGCGCGUUCACCCCGCACGCGGCGCACUCGCCCCACGCGCACGACGACCUGUCCGCGCAGCUGCUCACCUUCAAGCCCAUCGUCAUCACCGUCACUAGCUUCUUCAAGCAGGAACCGGACAAACUCCGCGACGAGGACUUGUACAAAUUCUUGGCGGAAAUAAAGCGGCCAAGUUCAGCCCCGAAGAAACUGAAGUGCAUACCCGGUACCCUGAAGAUAGAAGUGUCGCCGUGUCCGGAGGAGAUCAAAAACGGUCUGACGCCUGAAUUGGCUAAAUUGAACCCUUAUGGAGACGAGAAUGUCCGGCCGUGUAAGGAAGUGCUGUCGUUCCCGCUGAGCUGGGCCGCGGCGCCGCACUACCAGUACCGCAACCUGCUGUACCUGGCCGUGCGGGAGAUCAACCUCGCCGCCUAUACCUCACGCGCCGGCUCCGCCAGGAACAUCACCGUCCGUAUCCAGCUGAUGUCGGGCGAAGACCAGGCAGCCGCGCUUCCGGCCAUCUUCGGGCGCAGCUCGUGUCCAGAGUUCACUACCGAGGCAUACACCACCGUGUUGUACCACAACAAGAACCCGUCGCUGUACGACGAGAUAAAGCUGAAGCUGCCAGCCGACCUGGGCGACCACCACCACCUGCUGUUCACGUUCAUGCACGUGUCGUGCCAGCGGAAGCCGGUCGCGCCCGAGCACGAGAAGAACGUCGAGACCACCGUCGGAUACUCGUGGUUGCCGCUGUGCCGCAACGGGAAGCUGACGUGCGGCGAGUUCAACCUGCCGGUGAUGCAGGAGGAGCCGCCGCCCAACUACUCGUUCAUCUUCCCGGACGUGCAGCUGCCCGGCACGCGCUGGAUCGACAACCACAAGCCCAUCUUCAGCAUCGCACUUGACGCGCACACCACCGUGCACCCGCUGGAUGGGUAUAUCGAACGAUUCUCAAUGGCGUGCGAAGCAGUGCUAGAGGGCAAUAUACCGCCACGAAUAGGACUCACAAAUAUGGAAGCAGAACUACGGACUAGCAUAUCGGAGCUGCCGACGGCGAACGUGGAGGUGCUGGCGCGCUACCUGCCGGUGGUGCUGGACAAGCUGCUGCGAUUGCUGGUGGCGCCGCCCGCGCUCGCCGGACACACGCUCAACAUCGCGCAGGACGUCUUCACCUGCCUCGCGCACAUCUUCACUGAGAUCACGAACAUGAACGAGGGCGCCGGCUGCGACCGGCACGGGCGGAGCGCGCUGCUCAGCACGUAUAUACAGUACCAGUGCACCGCGCCGCGGCCCAGCCUCGCCGACCGCGACAUCGGCCUGCCGCUGCCUCCCUCAGUCAUGAGCGACGGAUCCUGCAAAAUCCUGCACGAGGAACUGGCACUGCAGUGGGUGGUCGCGAGCGGUGCCACCAGGGAUCUCGCCAUGCACAACUCCUGGGCUCUGUUCGAACUGAUGGUAAAGUCAAUGGUGGAGUACCUGUACUGGAGCGGGGCGCACGAGGCGCCGAGGAAGGCACGCUUCCCGGACCAGUUCACCGAUGACCUCACCACCCUCGUCAACAACAUCACCGCCGAGAUCAUCUCCAAAUACGGAAAGAACAGCAGACUUACACAGAGCUUAAACAAUAGCUUGGCAUUCUUCUUGUUCGAUCUGCUGAGCAUUAUGGACCGUGGGUACGUGUUCAACCUGAUCCGAAGCUACUACAAGCAAAUGUGUGCGAAGAUAGCUUCCCUACCGGACGCAGUGCCGCUCGUACAGUACAAGCUCGCGUUCCUGCGUAUAAUCUGCUCGCACGAGCACUACGUGUCGCUGAACCUGCCGGUGGCGGCGGGAGGGGUGGGAGGGGCGGGCGGCGCUGGCAGCGGCUCAGUGUCGCCGGCGCCGUCGUCGCACUCGCUCGCGUCGCAUUCUAGCGCUCCGCACCACCAGCUCAGCCACGAGUUCCGCUCGCGGCACUACCUCGCCGGCCUGCUGCUUACCGAGCUCGCUAACGCACUCGAGUUGCAGAGCCCGGCGCUGCAGGCGAGCGCGGCGGGCGCGGCGCUGGCGCAGCUGGCGGCGCACGACGCGGACCCGCGGCUGGGCGGCGCGGAGGCGCGCGCGCGCCUCGCCGCGCUCUACGCGCCGCUGCUCGGCCUGCUGCUGGACGCGCAGCCGCACCUGCACCGCGGGCCCGCGCCGCACCACGACAUACUACAAUUUGACAGCGAGAUCAGUCAAUUUGAGAAUUUUUACUCAACGCCACCCACAAAAGCAGAGGUCAAGCAGGCCGGGCGCGCGCCGCUGAACAGCGAGACGAGCCGCAACCUGGUGAUGUGCCUGGUGUGGCUGCUGAAGAGCACGGAGCGCGGCGCGCUGGCGGCCGCCGUGGCCGAGCUGCCGCCGCGCCGCCUGCGGGCGCUGCUGGCGCUGCUCGACCUCGGCUUCCGCUGCCACGAGUACAAGGGCCGAAAGGAGAUCAUGAAGUGUGCUCAGCAGAAUGUACGAAAGACUACAGACAUAAAAUCCAAGCUCGAGGACGUCAUACUCGGCCAAGGGUCGGCACGGAAUGACUUUAUCAUGAGGCGUAAAGGCGGAUGCCGGCGCGAGCGCUGGCGCAAGGAAUGGGUUCGUGGCGGCGCUCGCGAGGCGGGCGGCGGCGCGGCGCCGCGGCCGCCCGCCGACCUGGCCGCCGCACUCGCCGCCGAGGUCGCGCUCACGCUGCUGCACGCGCUCGAGACCAUCGUGCAGACGUGCAGCAGCCUGGAGUGUGGGCAGAGCGUGUGCAGUGCAGCCUUGCAAGUGUUGCUACGUGCCCUGCAGCGUAAUCAAAGUACUACCGUGCUGCAACACAUGUUUGCAUCUGUACGCGCGCUCAUACUCAAGCUGGGCUGGUCGUGCUGCGGCGAGGAGUCGGGCACGUGCCGCGUGCUGCUGCGGCACUGCGCCGCGCCCGCCGCGCCGCCGCGCGCGCACGCCGCCGCCGCGCUCUACGCGCUCAUGCGCCAGCACUACCAGCUCGGCAACAACUUCAGCCGUGUAAAGAUGCAAGUGACAAUGUCACUCUCAUCCCUGGUCGGCACAUCUACCACCUUCAGCGAGGAGUCGCUGCGACGUGCCCUCAAAACCAUCCUCGUGUAUGCCGAGCACGAUACCGACCUGCAAGACACUUCUUUCCCAGAGCAAGUAAAGGAUCUCGUAUUCAACCUGCACAUGAUCCUCUCUGAUACGGUGAAAAUGAAGGAGUUCCAAGAGGAUCCGGAGAUGCUGCUCGACUUGAUGUACCGGAUCGCGCGCGGCUACCAACACAGCCCCGAUCUGAGGCUCACGUGGCUCAAUAAUAUGGCGCAGAAACAUAUGGAGCGGUCGAACCACGCGGAGGCGGGCAUGUGCCUGGUGCACGGUGCAGCGCUGGUGGCCGAGCAGCUGGGCGCCGGCGGCCGCGGCGCCGCCCUGCUGCAGCGCCGCGUCACGCACAACGCGCUCGACGAGAGCUGCGCCGACACGCUGCACCACCACCUCACGCACCUCGAGCUGCAGGCGCUGCUGGAGCACGCGGCGAGCGAGCUGAUGACAGCCGGCAUGUAUGAGGCGGUCAACGAAGUGUACAAGGUGCUCAUACCCAUCGCGGAGGAGCACCGCGACUACAAGAAACUCGCCAACAUACACAACAAGCUGAACGAGGCGUUCACCCGCAUCGACCAGCUGCACGGCAAGCGCGUGUUCGGCACGUACUUCCGCGUGUCGUUCUACGGCAGCCGCUUCGGCGACCUGGACGGCGAGGAAUUCGUCUACAAGGAGCACGCGCUCACCAAGCUGCCCGAGAUAUUCAGCCGCCUCGAGAACUUCUACGGGCAACGUUUCGGGCCGGAGAACGUGGUGAUAAUAAAGGACUCGAACACGGUGGACACGAGCACGCUGGACCCGGGCAAGGCGUACAUACAGAUCACGUACGUGGAGCCGUACUUCGAGCCGCACGAGCUGCGCAAGCGCGCCACGCACUACGAGCGCAACUACAACAUAAAGCGGUUCAUGUUCGCGACGCCGUUUACGGCGGGCGGGCGCGCGCACGGCUCGCUGGCCGAGCAGUGCAAGCGCAAGACCGUGCUCACGACGGCGCAGCACUUCCCCUACCUCAAGACGCGCCUGCACGUCGUGCAGCGCGCGCACCUCGUGCUCUCGCCGCUAGAGGUCGCCAUCGAGGACAUACAGAAGAAGAUAAACGAGCUAGCUGCCGCCACCAACCAGGAGCCGGCCGACCCCAAGAUGCUGCAGAUGGUCGUGCAAGGCUGCAUAGGGACCACCGUCAACCAGGGGCCGCUGGAACUGGCUCAGGUAUUCCUGGGGCCCGUGGCGGACGGCACGCAGCCUCCGACGCGGCUCACCAAUAAACUGAGGCUCGCCUUCAAAGAUUUCUCCAAAAAAUGCCACGACGCGCUGAAGAAGAACAAGAACCUGAUCGGCAGCGACCAGCGCGAGUACCAGCGCGAGCUGGAGCGCAACUUCGCGCGCUUCACGGAGCGACUGGCGCCGCUCGUGCAGCCCGCGCCCGCCUCCGCCUCCGCCUCCGCCUCCGCUGCCGCCUCGCACGCCGCGCAGCUCACAAAUGGACUGAGCAAACAUGACUACAAAUGUCAAGCUUAAACACAAACGAACUAAACGGACUCGAUGGUAACUUAGAUAUUAUAUUAUACCCUUAUAACGACCAAAUAAAUGUGUUAGUGUCGACAUAUAUAGAUAUAUAACCUAUUGUAUUAAUGUAAUGAUUUAUUAAAAUAACGCUUUUUUGCUCCUUAAUGGGCAAAGUCCAUUUAGGCAAUCAUAUUUUCUAACUUUUUGUUUAUAAAUAUUAACAUCACAAAGAUAGCCAGUGAUUCUUUGCAAUUAUUCCUAUUUAUUUUUUUGUACACUACACUACUUUGACAUAAAUGUAGGGUUUGUUUUUAUUACAUUUUUAUUUGGAAAUAUUUCCAAAAAAGAAAUAUAGCUAAAAAUACGUGCAUAAUUAAUGAGAGUCCCCCCUUUAUUCAUAAAAACUAAAACCUGUCCCUUUCUUUCAAAUUAAGAAUAUACUGCAAAAGAAAAGGACAAAACAAUAACUAAAAUAGGUUUAUAAGAGCUUUAACGUUUUGAUAAAAGAGGGGGAUUACUAUAAGAAUAUUCUACAGAAUUUGUCAGACGAUUGCUAUUCGUAUUUGAUAAAUAUAAAUAAAUUCUGGACUAGAAAAUUUCUAUAAUGGUAUUUGAACAUAGAUAUUGAAAUUUGAAUACACGAACAGCUC